AUGACAGCAGGCAGUGACCCGCCAGCCACCAGCAAGGAUGGCUCCGCACCUCGCAAUACGUCCGUGCCGGAAUCUCAAAAGGAUGACCCGGCCGAUAUAGACGAUUUUGGACUUCCGCGAAGGCCUGCAAGCCGAACACCGAGACCUCUCUCCAGUGAUAGUAGUGAUGACGAUGACGAUGCAGCGUUCCACGAUGCUGAAGACGUCGUCACUUCUUCGACAUCUACGCCGCCGAAGGAGCAGAUACAGUCUACCGAACAUCCUGCCGAACAUCAGCGCCGUAGCGCCGAGAUCGAGCGAGGAAACGGAGCAAAUGACCCCGAAGUGACACAUUCGUUGAACGCCGAGAUAACAAAUGGUGCUUCGGUGGCUGAGAAAGCGUCAUCAUCACAGUCAUUGGCCGCAGAAGAGCAUUCGGGGAGUAAGGAUGAGAGUUCGCCAACAGCACGUGUGGAAACACAAAGGGCUGGCGAGGACAAACCCUCUUCACCUGUCAGCGAAGCGGGAGUUGCUAAACCCAAGGACCAGUCGACGCCUUCGUCACCGAGUGAGCCAAAACGCUUUCCCAGCAUCAAAAAGGAAAAGAGAAGUAGUGCCGCGGUUGUGUCUGAAUGGUCUCACCAAGCACUAGUGGUCAAAGAUGAGGAAUCCGAACCAGAAGAAGAGGUCGAAUGGCAGGCCAUGCCUGCGCUCGGUGAAAUGGACUACUAUGAUGAUCGAGGUCGCCUCGUCGCCAAGGGGGCCAGAGAGGAGGAUCCGGGCAAGACAGGCUAUUCCGCCAUGGGAUUCUCGAGCAGAGGCUACACAAAACUUCAGCUUGACGAGGACGCUCAUUCGACCACAAGCAUGGAUGACGAUACUAAUUAUCUAUUCAAGAAAGACGAGAAACCCAAAGCUGCUGAAGCCGAAGCCGAAGCCGAUGACGACGACGAUGAUGAUUACGACGACGAUCUCGGUCGGGAUGCUGCUACGCAACUGGAGAACACCAAAGACCUCUUGACCGAAGGCCAACGCAUCGCUUACGUCGGUGUUGUUCGAUUGACCAUUUACAAGAUGCUUAAGGCUCUGGACGACGUCGAGCGGACUAAAGGUACCAAGAAAGACCUUGUAAAAGCGCUCGAAAGUAUGGAAAUUUGGGGUCAGCAAAUGAUGGUGAGGCUUUUUGCUCAUAUGGAGAUUGACACUGCCGAGCAGGUCAUGAUUGAGCAACUGGCUGAACACGGCGUUACUCCUCACGACCUGGUGCCUCCUCUGAUGCAGCAUGCCAGAAUCAAGAACCCCAACAGCGAACGGAAAUCGGGUGAGAAAUCAGACGACCAUCCGGGAGAAACGGUGGACAAUAGGACUAAGGAUGAAUUGGACCACAAAUCCAGCACGGAAGAUGAAGGAUUGAAUCCAGCUAAUGUCAAAGCCGGCGAAGAAGUGCCUGAAGUACAAGAAACACUGCCAACAACGGAUAAGGUCGAUCUUGAUCUGAGAUGGACAGUCUUGUGCGACCUUUUUCUGGUAUUGAUAUCAGAUGGCAGUUACGACUCCAGAUCUCGAAGGCUUCUGGAACGUGUUGCCUCAUCCAUGCAGGUCACUUGGCAGCAGAUUUGUCGUUUCGAAAGGCGAAUCAUCGACGCACUUGAGAUGCAAGAGGCUGAGCUCAGAGAAAGUUUGGAUGAGACGGACAACUUGGAUAAAAGGCGCAAGGCUGGUCUAAAGCGCAAGUAUAUUACAAUGGGCCUUGUGACCGUUGGUGGUGCCGCAGUAAUUGGAUUAUCUGCCGGACUACUUGCCCCUCUCAUCGGAGCGGGGUUGGCGGCUGGAUUCACUACCGUUGGUAUUGGUGGUACCACUGCUUUCUUGACGGGUGUGGGUGGUGCCGCCAUCGUUACAUCGAUCGGCGUCACAACGGGUGGCACAAUCGCGCUCCGGGCCUCGGAUCGAAGGUUUGGGCAUGUCAAGACUUUCGAAUAUCGACCUUUGCACAACAACAAGCGACUUAACCUAAUUUUGACUGUAUCAGGCUGGAUGACUGGCAAGGUGGACGAUGUACGCUUGCCAUUCAGUACAGUCGACCCGAUCAUGGGCGACAUCUACUCCCUACUUUGGGAGCCCGACAUGCUCCGCUCUACUGGUGAUACGAUCAAUAUUCUGGCCACCGAAGCUCUAACGCAGACUAUCCAGCAAGUUCUUGGCAGCACUCUACUGAUCGGUCUGAUGUCAGCCAUACAGCUCCCGAUCAUAUUGACCAAGCUGGCAUAUCUCAUCGACAACCCCUGGAACGUAUCGCUGGAUCGGGCGAAUGCGGCUGGUCUGAUCCUUGCCGACUCCCUGAUCCAACGGCACCUUGGGCAGCGCCCAAUCACAUUGGUCGGCUUUUCUCUGGGGGCCAGGCUAAUUUUCUCUUGCUUGAAGGAGCUGGCCAACCGAGGUGCCUAUGGUAUUGUACAGAAUGUCUAUCUGUUCGGUGCGCCCAUCACGGCCAAAAGGGAUGAGUAUCUGCGUGCGCGCUCGGUCAUUGCCGGUAGAUUCGUGAACGGCUAUGCUAGCAAUGACUGGAUUCUUGGCUAUCUCUUCCGUGCCACCGCAGGAGGUCUAGGUCGAGUGGCGGGCUUAGCGGCCGUCGAGAACAUACCGGGAAUGGAGAACAAGGAUGUGGGCGAAUUUGUCAACGGACACAUGGCCUACCGAGCCGCAAUGCCGCGCCUGCUGCGUGAAGUUGGUUGGGAGGUUGAAAGCGAUGAGUUCUCCGAAAUUGAGGAUCCUGAUCCUGACAACCAUGAAGCACGCCAGCGUGAGCUUAUCAGAGAGAUCGACGAGGCCAGGAAGCAGGCGGAGAAAGAGCCCGAAAGGAAAAGAUUUGGCUUCUUCAAGCGCGGCAAACCUGCAGGGAAGCUAGAUUGGGAGAGUUACAAGGCCGGAGCUAGCGGUCAUGCAAGCAGCCCGAGCAAUGGUGAUGAGUCGAAAUCGGGUCCAGGAGAGCCGAAUGUGCUCUUUGAUAUUGACGCUAUUCGCAGGGAAUUGGCGAGCGAAUAUGUCGAGGUCCGUGAGCUCGACAGCACGAUGCCGGCUAUGCAGAUUGUGACGACUGGAAAAGAUGGAGAGAAGCAGACGGAGUUCCUGCGACUUCCGCAAAACGUCAAUCUCUCGGCAGAUGAAUUAUCACGGAUGAAGCUACCUCCACGUCCGGAUGAGGACGGGCAAGGCGUAAUACCCAUGCCUGCACUACCAGCAAGGACAUCGUCACUCCGACCAUCGCCGAGGCAGUCUCCAGGCCAGUCUCCCAGACACUCUCCUGCGCCGUCGUCACAACCAUCGCCAAGACGUAUUCCUUCGCCCGAGCCUGAAGACUAUGGCUUUGGUCAGCCGAGAGAGCUAGUCAGCACCCUUCCGCCACUUAAUAUCACUCCUUCGAUAUCUCAAGGCGGUUUCGAUUCAGAUGUCUCGAGACCAGCGCUCAAAACGCACGCGACUGAGCCUUCCCCCUCGAGUUGGAGCAAGCACCAAAGUCUGCCCAGCAAUAACAUCACGCCUCCUGUUGAUCCCUAUAAUAUCGAGCACAACGCUUGGGCUGAAGAUGGCCUUGGUAAAGAGAAGGAUAUCAAAAUGACCUUCGAGUAG